CAUCAACAAUCUCGCGUGCUGCACUUUAAUUAUUUUAUAAUUUUCUCACUAAAAUCUUAUGAAAUGCUUCCAACAAAUCUAUUAAAGUUAUUUCGCUAUAAACGCGAUUAUUAUAUAUAGUGAAAAAUGUGUUUUAUAAAUGCGGAAAUAAGACAUUUUCGAUAAUAACAAGAGUACAAAUAGCUGGUUGUAAAUGCGAUUGUAUGCGUGCGUUGUGUGCCGAGAAUUAAGAAACAGAGUUGGGAAGUAUUAUGGUGAUAAGAGAGCAGAAAGUAUUUUUUGUACUUUCACCUUACUAUUGGUAGAAUAAUAAUAACAUCAACAAAAGAAGAAGAAUAAGAAGAACAAAGAAUACGCGAGUGAGUGUGUGUGUGUUUGUGUGACUCGGUCGGUCGUUGUCGCUGUCGCUAUCAUCGUCAUUCGUACGAUUUAAUUUGUUAUGAUGAACUUCUCCGCAUUCGGUGGACCGUUUUCGGGCAUUCAUCAAUUUGCCGCAAAAUUUGGCCAUGAUACCCAAACACCGGGUGCUUUCACUACGCCCGGCAUCAAUGGCAACGCUGUAGCAUCCUCUGCUGCCAACGACAAUCACGUGCAGCGCUAUCAGACAAAUGGCAAUCAUUUUCAACAGAAUAUCCCCAAUGUUUCAGCGGCCAAUAACACUAUGCAGUAUGGUCAGAAUAUAUCCAUACCAUAUUCUCAACCGCAAACCGAUUUGAAUUUUUUAAAUGCAGCGGCCUCAGUGGAUCAUAAAGGGAAAAUACAUCCAAAAAUCGAAAGGGAUCGUGAAGAAGUACUCAAUCAACAAAUUUUACAAAAUGUUAAUCAAUCAUGGCAAACAUUGGCCAACACAGCCAAUACCGUUGACUACUCUUCACAUUUGCUCUCCGCUACACUGCCAAUUUCCAUACAGCACUUCCUUAAGUAUUCCGAAACAAUAAAAAAGGAAUCCUCAGGUAUUGUGGGCUCACAAAUCAACUCAGGGAAUUUGAAUUUGGGCAAUUUGGACUCUUCGUCGGGUUUUAAUAUUAAAAAUGAUGUUCUCAAGAACGGCACCAAUUUGGCCAGUUUGGCCCUGGGUGGUGUGGCAUUAACACCGAGCAAUGCCAAUGCUGUGAAUGGUAACCAUCAUGCCCACAAUGGAAAUGGCACCACCAGUCUCGUAAACAUGGACCAUGGUGCCGGUGGUCAUAUACCCAAUUUGAAUGAUGUGAACAAUGGACAAAUGGUUACCAACAAUGCGAUGGGCACAAAUGGUGUCAAUGGCACGGCAACUGCAAAUGGAGUGGCCAAUGGUACGACUGUUGUAACAAGUACUGCACCGCCGGUCACAAAUGGUACGACAACCACCAAUGCUGAUGGUACCACAACUACAACUACCACCACCACAACCAAGGCCAAAAAGGGCAAGAAGAAGAAGCCCCCAAAGGAGAAGAAGCCCCGACCAAAACCCGGCGAGAUACGUGAAACCAAAGCGUUGGAUGGUUCAACACUUUACUGUUGUCCCGAAUGUCAAAUGGCCUAUCCGGAUCGCAGCUUAAUCGAACAACAUGUUAUAUCACAUGCCGUUGAACGGCGUUUUGUAUGCGACAUUUGUAAUGCAGCUCUUAAGCGUAAGGAUCAUUUGACUCGUCACAAGUUAUCGCAUAUACCCGAUAGGCCACAUGUGUGCAAUAUUUGUAUGAAGUCCUUUAAGCGCAAGGAGCAGUUAACCCUUCAUAUUGUUAUACACUCGGGUGAGAAGAAACAUGUCUGCAUUGAGUGUGGCAAAGGUUUCUAUCGCAAAGAUCAUUUACGCAAGCAUACACGUUCUCACAUUGCACGCCGCGUCAAAUCGGAGGUUUCGGCACAAAACGUUAGCACUACUGGCACCAAUGGUAAUAGCAGCAGCAACAAUAAUAACAACAACAACAGUAAUCAGAAUAAUUCGCUACACGGUUCCUGAGGUUCGUACAAGGACUUUUGGUAAAUUGUUAUAAAAUUUCUACCACAAAAUGUGAGACUCUUUUUUUGAAUAUGGGAAGUCAAAAUAGAAACAACAACAACGUCGUUAUUGAAAUACUAUUCACCUUAUUGACGAUAUGUAUACGAGAAUAAAUAAUAAUAUUAUUUUUUCUCAAAAAAAAAAUUGGUAAAACAACAGCCCUGACGAGAGUGACAAGGCUCUCAAGGGAUUCGAAUAGUAUUUAGCAGACUUCUUGUAUGCAUGUAGGGUUAACAUAUGUAUUUACAGAUGUUGGACCCUUCAACGAAAGAUGAGUUUCACAUUUCAGAAAUAUUAUAAAACUUUACCGAAUGUCCUGCUAAGCGAUCAUAUUUUGAAA